AUGAAAAAUAAAACUGUGUUGACUGAGUUCAUCCUGCUGGGUCUAACAGAUGUCCCUGAACUCCAGGUGAUGGUUUUCAUCUUUCUGUUCCUCACCUAUUUACUCAGCAUCAUUGGAAAUCUGACAAUCCUCAUCCUCACCUCGCUGGACUCCCAUCUUCAGACCCCCAUGUAUUUCUUUCUCCGAAACUUCUCCUUCUUAGAAAUUUCCUUCACAAGCAUCUUCAUUCCCAGGGUCCUGUUCAGCAUCACAACAGGGAACAAGAGUAUCAGCUUUGCUGGCUGCUUUGCUCAAUAUUUCUUUGCCAUAUUCCUGGGGGCCACAGAGUUUUAUCUUCUGGCUGCCAUGUCCUACGACCGCUAUGUGGCCAUAUGCAAACCCUUGCAUUACACAACCACCAUGAGCAGCAAAGUCUGCACCCAACUUCUAGUCCUCUGCUCUUGGCUGGCUGGAUUUCUCAUCAUCCUAUCUCCAAUCAUCCUGACCAGUCAACUGGAUUUCUGUGCCUCCAAUGUCCUGAAUCAUUAUUUUUGUGACUAUGGACCCCUCAUAGAAAUAUCUUGCUCAGACACAAGACUCCUGGAGCUGGUUGACUUCAUCUUAGCAGUUGUGACGUUGGUGGUCACCCUGACGCUGGUGAUUCUAUCCUACACAAACAUCAUCCAGACUGUUCUGAAGAUCCCCUCUGCUCAGCAAAGGAAGAAAGCCUUUUCCACAUGCUCCUCCCACAUGGUUGUCAUCACCCUCUCUUAUGGAAGCUGCAUCUUCAUGUACAUAAAACCCUCAGCAAAAGAAGGAGUUGCCUUCAAUAAGGGAGUAGCUGUGCUCAAUACCUCAAUUGCCCCUUUAUUGAACCCAUUCAUUUACACUCUGAGGAAUGGACAAGUAAAACAAGCCUUCAAAAAUGUGGCCAGAAAGAUUGUGAGUCUUCAAUGA